AUGGCUUCUUCAAAAUCUAAUUUAUUGUUACUUCUUUGUGCUCUCUUCGCUAUUUUUCUCAUAGUCUCAUCUGAAGUACUUGCAGUUUCAAAUGAUCAUACAGAAUGCCGGACAAUUCCUAUUUUGAAGAAAGCAUAUGGAGACAGCAUGCAUAAAAUUUUGCAUGUUGGUCCAGACAUCUGUUCGGUGGUUUCUAAAUUGCUUAAAGAGGAGGAAACUGAAGCUUGGGGCGUGGAACCAUAUGAUAUAGAGGAUGCAGAUACUAACUGCAAAGCUCUUGUCCGCAAAGGCGUUGUGCGUGUAGCUGAUAUCAACUUUCCUCUUCCAUAUAGACCAAAAUCGUUUUUCCUUGUAAUUGUUUCAGAUGCUCUGGAUUACUUAUCUCCAAGAUAUCUCAACAAGACCCUUCCUGAUUUGGCAAGAGUAUCAGCUGAUGGUCUUGUGAUAUUUACAGAAAAUCACAAAGAAACGACUGGGUUGGAAGAAGCUGCCAAGCAUGGAGAUCCUGGCUAUGGCUAUCCAGGAGGUGAAUAUGGGAGUCAUGGCGGGUACUCAAGCCAUGGAAGAUACCCAAGAAGGGGAUGUCGCUAUCGUUGUGAUUGCCAUAGAUACCGUUAUGCACCAGGCUGCCAAAGGUGCUGUAAUGCUAAUUAAGGAGACUAAUUAGCACCUUCCGUCAAGCUUAAUGUUUUGCCUUUGAUGAUGAUUAAAAAAAAGUGUGUUCCAUAGCAAGCUA